CACACACACACAACCACACACACAGAGACACACACACAGAUGCAUGCCCACAGUUUAGAGAAACUGCACUGCAUAUCUAAAUGAAGAUGGAAGAACUGAGACACCGGUACUUUGCUCUACUUCCUCUAGCGCUGUCUGCACACUCCGGCUUCUGCUUUAACGAAAGCAUCAAUCAAACUACAGGAAAAGAUGAAAGCGGGAUGCAGGGAUACAAUGUUGCCCUGGUUUUUAUCUACUCCGUGGUGCUGGUGGUGGGAAGCAUCGGCGUGACCCUAAUGACCAGUGUGCUAAAAUCAAACCUGCACUCCUGGACCACCAUCACCUUCUUCAACUUGAUCUUGGUCCACGUCAUCUUCUUGCUCACCAUCCCUUUCCGCCUCUACUACUAUGUGACGAACUACUGGAGUCUGUCUAUGCCUUUCUGUAAAUUGGUCAGCGGCAUGAUCCACAUUCACAUGCACGUGGUCUUCGUCAUCUACGUCGUCAUCCUCACCAUUCAGUUUUUGCAGCACUUUAAAAAAAUUGGCCAGAUAGAGUUCAAUCGGAGUCUCCAUGCCAUCGGGUUCAGCAUCGGCAUAUGGUCCAUCUUAAUCAUCAUCUGCCCCGUGGUCUUAUUCCACUAUGGGAUGAGUGCGAACAAAAAUGAGACCAAGUGCUUCCAUUUUGCUUCAGAGCUCAAGUCAGGACUGGUGUUUCAGUGCAACAUGUUUUUGUCGGUUUCCACGGUAAUUGUGUCGUGCAUCAUUAGCUGCACCCUUGCAGCCAUUCUGUACACGAUGAUCAAAAAACACGGUGCUUCUUCAUGGGCUCAGCAGGAAUUCUGGGCUCAGAUGAAGAACGUCAGCCUCGUGCUCAUCAUCCUCUUCUGUCUGGCGCCGUAUCAUCUGUAUCGGCUGUACUAUCUAAACAAUGCUGAUAACCUACAGCUUGAGAACGAGGUGUUUUUGGCCAUCACAUCCCUUACCUGCUUCGACAUGAUGCUCGUUUUCACAGGGAAGGGAAUAUGCCAUAGGUGUUGGGGUUGAAUGUAGAAAACAGAUGGAACCUACUGACUAAUUGUUGUAGGAAAGGAAGAGAACAACAGUCAUGCUUUACUGCCAAGAUCAAACCGAGCGACGUCAAGCUAAAGUACAAUAAAGUGUUAAACCCAUGACUUUUUUUGUAAAUGCUGUAUUAAGAGGCGAAAACAAUAUCUCAAAUUCUGUGCCCUUACAUUUUUAAAAAAAAAUUUGUCAGAAACUGCCUGGAAAAAAAGGUGCAAUUUAAUAUUUUUACAUUUCCUACCAGCGCAAAUGAGCUCUAUAAGUAUGCAGAACAAGAUUUUAUUUUUAAUUUUUCAUCAGUGGCAUCUGUACAAGUAUAUCAUCCGGCUUGUAUGGUUCAGAAUGCUUGUCUGUGUUUACAUGUAUAUCCUGUCGGUCUUUUUAUAGACUUUAGAGCAAAGGUUCUCCAAGUGAAGUCUUUGAAGCAUAGUUUGUUGGGCUUUUCUUUUUGUUACCAUGGUGAAAAUCAAAACCUACUAUUACUAAAGAAAUUAUAUUUAUGAAAGAAAAGUUGUAUAGUAUUAGUAUAACUAUACAUUUAAAUAAAGCAACUACAAUUUCAACUAUU